AAAAUGAUAGCCCGCGAUAUUUACCAUUGGACUGGAAAUAUGUUCAUUUCCAUCAUUUUAGUUUGAGAUAGAUUCUUUUCUUUAUUGAAUUGUAAUUAACUGUUACAAUAUAUUAUAUUCGUACACUUUAUUCCUAUUUCAACCUUAUGACAAGGGUUAUCAGUUCCAUGUAUGUCUGUUGAAUUAAGUUAACGCAUUUGAGAUUCACCGGAGUUUAUUGUUAAAAUCAACAAUUUAAAGGGAAAUAAAAGAAAAUGGGUGCGCUGCUGUGUCUUUUGAUUCUUGUAAAUGGAAUUUUCUGCGGUGCUAAUGACCUCGAAACUCGGCUAAAGAAAUUGAAAUCUGUAGUCAGAGAGCAAGUCAUGAAUACUAAAGAGCAUAAAGAUCGCCUGGCUAUUCUUGAAAGAAACGUUUCGGCCCUGGUUUUGGAAAACAGCGGAAUUGACCUGGAAAGGCUUCCAUUGAAUAGCAAAAUAGAUCCAGUCAGUAACCAAGCCGGUCGUCAAGGAGCUGUUACGGUGACAGGAGAUCGGUCAAAGAGAGCUUCCGGUGAAGUUGUUGCGUUUCAUGCCUACCAUGGCUCUUCUCACCCAUAUAGCAACCACGAAAUCUUCACGUUUGAUAGAGUUACUGUUAACCAAAGAGGCUACACCACGGAUGACGGUAUUUUUGAUGUUCCGGAAGCAGGCGUUUACGUCUUCACUUGGACUGUAGCUGUCCCAGCUUCCGGUGAAAAGAUCGUCACUGAACUUGUUGUUCAUGGAUCGGUAAAAGGUAUUUUGACAUCAGAUCCUGACCAUAGUCUAACUGGUGGUUCCGGGGUGCAUCCAGCGACGGCAUUUGUGGUGACGCAAGUGGACGCAGGAGACAACGUGUUCAUCCGGGUGCGAAACCUUUCCGGCGGUUCUGGUACCGUACUGAGCGACGACAACAACGUUCGUACGUCGUUCUCCGGUUGGCGUCUUAUCUGAUUUGAAAUUAUUGUGAACUUGUGAUCUGCUUAUGCCUAAAUAAAUGCAUAUAAACAAAUA